AUUAUCCUUGUCAGAAUACCUUAAUUUCUGCCUCUGCCACUCUCAAAAUGCCAUUUUUUUUUCUGGGUUUCCAACUUUUCGUAUUAGUCUUCACGCCUAAUGUCAUUUGCACCUCUUUGUUUGUUUCUCAUUAUUAGUUAUUAACCUUUUUGCUUUUGGAAGGGGUGGCCGGAAAAUCAUCAAUGGCGGCCGGGUCCGGUGGUUCUUUGUCUCUGCCGCCACCAUGUCCGAAAUCGCCGCCGGAGUAUCCGGAUUUGUAUGGGAAACGAAGGGAAACAGCGAAGGUUCAAAUGCUUGAAAGAGAAAUUAGCUUUCUUGAGGUCGAGUUAAAAUCGGUCGAAGGUCUCCAACAUGCUUCGAGCUGCUGCAAAGAGGUUACGGACUUUGUGACAACAAAUUCAGAUCCUCUUAUACCUACAAAUCGGAAGAAUCGGAAAUCAUGUCGCCUUUGGAAGUGGCUUUGCGGAAUACCCUGUUUUAACUUGUCGAUGAUUUGCUGUUGCUGUUAUUCCAAGUGCUCUUGCCAUUUGACAUGCCGGCCGUGCUAUAACUGUAUUGAUAUGUGCGACUGUAGUUUAUGUAAAUGUAACUCAUGUAACUGCAAUUCAUGUUUAAACUGUUGCACGAAUCCGCGAUGGCGGUGUUGCUCUUGUCCUAAAUCACAAUGCUGCGGGAACAUCUCGUGCGGCAAAAACUGUUGCAUUUUUCGGUUUCCUUCGUGCAUGGACCGAUGUUGCAGAUGGAAAUGUUGUCCUAAAUGUCCGAAGAUACGUCUUUGUUGUUGUACAAAAAACUGUUGUAACCCAUGCUGUUUUUUGUUUUAAUAAUACUAAAUGCAAGUUUCGGGCUUAA